AUGACGACGAUUAGAAGAUCGGCGAAUCGAGCGCAGAAAAUGCCGUCCGAUGCCCAGCGGCCUGGGAAUUUGCAUGAGCAUUUAGCCCGAAUGGAGAUGGUGGGACGUCCGCAAGGUGGCAUCGGAUUCGAGAGACUCGUCUGGGCACCUGACCCAGUUCAUGGGUAUGUUCUAGGUGACAUCGUUGAUAUUCGAAGCGACAGUCUAUCAAUUACACGACGUAAUGACGGCAAAACGGUGGAAGUGCGUGCCGAUGACGUUUUCCCAGCCGACGCCUCAAAAGACACGACAGUCGAUGACAAUUGUGCGUUGAUGUAUCUGAAUGAGGGCAGUCUACUCGAGAAUUCGAGGCGACGAUUCAUCAAUAAACAUCACAUUUAUACUUACGUGGCGAACAUCCUGAUCUCGAUCAACCCAUACGCGGACGUUCCGGAUCUGGUGCCGCUGAAGCCGGCUGAAGCAUCCGCUGCCAGAGAUGCCCUCGCAAAGGCCAUCUACUCGAGACUGUUCGACUGGAUUGUGGCUACGAUUAAUAAGAGCAUCCCGUUCACCAAUUCUCACAACUACAUUGGCGUGCUGGAUAUUGCCGGAUUUGAAUACUUCACGAUCAACUCGUUCGAGCAGUUCUGCAUCAACUACUGCAACGAGAAACUGCAGAAUUUCUUCAACGAGAGAAUUCUGAAGGAAGAACAGGAAUUGUAUGCAAAAGAGGGACUCGGGGUGGACAGGAUCGAAUUUGCUGACAAUCAGGAUUGUAUUGAUCUGUUCGAGAAGAAGGGGAGUGGAAUGCUGGAUCUGCUGGAUGAAGAGAUGAGGCUCCCCAAGCCACUCUCCGCCCAUUUCACCCAAAACGUACACCAAGCUAAUCAGAAGCAUUUUCGGCUGGAUACGCCCCGAAAAUCCCUGCUAAAGGAGCAUCGCGGAAUGCGAGACGAAGACGGCCUUCUCGUCCGCCAUUUUGCCGGUACCGUAUGCUAUCAAACGGCCGGUUUCCUCGAAAAGAAUAACGACGCCUUGCACGCGUCGUUGGAAGCUGUAAUGGAGAUGAGCGAAAUGCCGGUGAUGAAGCUGCUCUUCGCGCCGCCUGCGACAUCUGAGGCAACAGUGCCAAGUCGUACCCGCCUGAUCGUUCCCUCCGUUGGCUCCAAAUUCCGCUCGCAACUCGCGCAGCUCAUCGAGAAAUUGGCAUUAACGGGCACUCAUUUCGUCCGUUGCGUCAAACCGAACGCCACAAUGUCCCCGUGGAAAUUCGAUGGCGCGGCCGUGUUGGGGCAAUUGAGAUGUGCUGGAAUGGGGGCGGUGUUGCGGUUGAUGCAUUCUGGCUAUCCAUCCCGGACCGGCUUCAAGGAGCUGUACGACAUGUAUUCGGCGGUGUUACCUCCUGAAUUGGCUCGACUCGAUCCACGGCUGUUCUGCAAGUGUCUUUUCCGUGUCCUUGGCCUGAACACGACCGACUUCAAAUUCGGCCUCACCAAGGUCUUCUUCCGGCCGGCAAAAUUUGCCGAAUUCGAUCAGCUCCUUCGCCAAGACCCGGCAGCAAUGGCAAUACUCGUGUCAAAAGUGAAGAAAUGGCUGAUUGGCGUCCGGUGGAGGAAGGCACAAUAUGGAGCGUGGAGUGUUAUUAAAUUGAAAAACAAGAUCGUCUGGCGUGGAGAUCAACUGAGGACGAUACAACGAUACGCUAGGGGAUAUUUGACACGACAGAAGUUAUUGCCGAGGUUAUCCCUCUACCGUAAGAUCGUGGCGCUGAAGAAGAGAGGCGCCGAGAUGCAGAGUAUCGUCGAGAAGCUGGGCCCGAAUUCGAAGGAUGGAUGGGGAAAAGAAGUCGAUUCCACGCAGCAAAAUAUCAUUCAAUUGCUCUAUCAAUGCAAGAAACGCGAAAUGGAGCUGGACGCAUGUGCAAAGAAUUAUGAAGAAUGCUUGCGACGCGUCGACAAAAUCAUUAAUGCGCUGAGGGAAGAAAAUGAGAACCGGCGCCGCGAGAUGGAGGAGGAGCGACAAAGGGCGGAGAAGACGGCAAUGGAUGAAAUGAAGAAGAGAGCUGUCAGGGAAGAACAAGAGAGAAUGGACGCAUUAAUGGCAGCCAGAAUGGAAGAACAAGAGAGAUUGGAUGGACAGCUGGCUGGCAGAUUGGCUGCUGAAAAGGGAGGAGAUGCCACCCUCAUACAACAACAAAUCACAUCCGCAUCAUCGUCUUAUAGUUCUUCGACGUCAUCUGGUAACAAUAACGACAGGAGGAAUUCGAAAUACGAUCUGUCAUCAUGGAAAUAUGCAGAACUACGCGAUACUAUCAACACAUCGAAUGAUAUGGAUCUUCUACUGGCGUGUAAAGAGGAAUUCCACCGUCGUCUCCGCUAUUUCAAUGCGUGGAAACAGAAGAACCAAACGGACAAAGAGAAGGCAGAAGAUGCUCGUCUCCCGUUCAACGCGAGAUGCGGCCAGAAAACCAUACCGGCAGGUGAAAACACGGAAUAUGGAAGUGGUCAACAGGGAAUGUGGUACGGCCAUUUCAACGGACAAUGGGUACAACGACAAAUCGAACUCCAUCCCGACAGACAGCCACUACUUUUCAUUGCUGGUCGUGACGAUCUCCAGAUGUGCGAGUUGCCGCUCGACCAGACGCCGUUGCCGCUGAAAAAGGGCGCCGAGAUCCUUGAGCACGAGUUCGAGACGGUAUGGGCACAUCUAGGGGGACAGCCGAUGCCACGAUGGAAUCCG